CACAUCAACUCACCACCCGUUGAACCUAUCAUUCCAGCCGCUCUACCAUCCUUGCUUCUGCCAGUCGCCUUCAGCAUCCCUCUCAGAUCACGACCUGCCUUUACACUCAAACUAAACCCGAACCCGCCUGCAGUCCUGUCACCCGGUUGCCGCCCACCGCCAGUUGCCAGUCGACCCUCACCCUCCUCUUCCCAGACGCCGCUACCAACAUUUGAUGGUCCUGCAUCUUCCCGCAUGAUUGCCUUGCACCGGCCAUCUUGAAUCUGUCCGUCCUUUCUCCUUCUGCAGGCACCAAAGGGCAAACACCAGCAUAAGGACUGUCCGUUUACUUCUUACUGGACGCUGUGACUGCGUCUCUGUUUGAUAGUCACCAUUCUCAGCAUUUCCAGUGCCAACGCCCUGCUAUUGUCAUCAACCUCAAGUCCUCCGCCGUCCAGACAAGCCAAUUCUAAUCGCAUUGCAUGUCUCACCCAGCAUCUUAACAGCCUCACGAUAACGCGCUGGUCUUCAAUUCCCCACCUACUGUGACGACCCAAGUGAAACCAUCUUCACACUUCCCACAACCAGAAGAAUCACAAUAAUUCUCAGCCGACUUUAACCGCCCUCUGCCUCUCCCACUUUCCCACCGACCGCACCUUCAUACGUCUGCCUAUCUACAUGACCCUUCUUCUUUGAAAGACCCUCCCCGCCCUUGUCAUACAAUGUUGCGUGCCAUGCGCAAAAGGAUACUGAUCUACAUUACAACCUCACUCCUCUGAUUUCAUCAUGGUCAAAGCAGAUAUCAAGCGGGACUACUACGCUGAUCUGGAUCUUCCUCCCAACGCCGACCUGGAGGAUGUCAAGAAACAGUUUCGCAUACUUGCCAAACGCUAUCAUCCAGAUCGAAACCCUGGCCAUGAGGUGGAAGCGGUCCCCAAGUUUCAAGCCGUGCAAGCGGCCCACGAGAUUUUGAUCGAUCCCGUGGAAAAGAAGAAAUACGAUGAAGGUCGUGCCCGCCUCAACGCAAAACAAGCCCAAACCUCUCAAACCUACACUGCCCCCUUCUCUCCUGACCCUUAUGGCUUCGCUCGGCCACCUGCCCCCAAGCCACCCGGCUCAACUCCCCAGAAUUUUCCCCCUCCGCCGAAGCCAAGAGACAAACGUCCGCAAUUCUCAAUGCCCAAUCCCAAACCCACUUCUACGAGCGCGGACAAGUACGCUGCGUGGGCUCGCACGGUUCCAGACCCACGAGAUCGACCAAGAUACGAUGCCGCCACAUCAGCAGAAGCUGCCAGAGGCUUUUCGAAUAUGAGACAAACUCAGUCAAAUCCUCAAGCCCCUACUCGAAGCACUCGCCAGCAUCCAACGGCUCCAAGACCGCCCUCUGCCGCCGACAAUUUCCACGUCCCCAGCGGAACGUCAGGAGCCUUUCCCGGCUUGUCCAGAACUCAGAGUGCUAGAAAGCCCACAGGAUACAACACAGCCCCCUACGGAUCUGACGAGCCUCAAGCACCACGUUCUGCUUACUCGUAUGUGAGAGGUGACCGUUCCCAGGCUCCUCCACCGAACAUACAUGUUCCCGAGCCGCAGUCCACUCGAGCGCCGCCUGUGACCCGGCCAAGACCUGCUGUGAGCCCUCUCCGUCACACCAGAUCGUCGGAUUAUGAUAUGCGAUCAAAUCAACCAGGUUCUUCACGCCCAUCCGCCAGAUACGCAACAACUGGUGGAGAAAAGACUAACGUACACGGCGACGGUGUUCGUCGGUCAAGCAGCGUCCGUAAUUCCCCUGUUGAUCCCGAAUGGGAGGAAGAUCGUGGCCCUUUCGGAAGACCAACUGCUUCACGUCAUGAACAUGUUCCCCGGCAUCGUAGUGCGAGCCCAAAGGUAACCUCAAACGGAAGAAAUACCACCUAUGCCUCGUCAUCCUCAUCGGAAAGCGACGACGAAUGGGGUACCAUCCACAAUCGACCCAAAGCUACUCCCAAGAGCCGCUCGAAGCCCGGCACCACUCCUACUUUCCAAGCCUUUGCCGAUAAUGAUCCCGCCCUCACUGGCCAAUUUCCAAACACCAACUACACAAAGGUAGUUAAUGACGGCCAACAUUACUACCCCCCACCAGGCUCGAAAGAUCAUACUAGAAACCCCUGGUCUACCACGGUCUCCCCUGAUGCUGAAGUGCCCGGUCAUAAUUUUGCAGGAUACGGAGGAAACACAGAUGGACCCAAUCAUGACCCGCAAAUGUCUCAGCCACAAUCUACUUUUGUACCCUCAGAAUGGCAUGACAAAGUCACCUCAGAUAACUUCCAACCAACCGACACGCAUGUGCGAAAAUCUCCCUCCAAGUUCAAUCGCUCUACCAACAAGCCGACGACACGUGGGAGGGGAUUGUCGAGAGCAGGUGACGGCGAAACUGGUUCUUCCAGUGAGAGCUCGACGAGUCGCACACGAGAGCACCGUGACUCAAAAGCGAGUGAAGACGCCCGUGCCAAGGCAAAUGCUUUUCAGCCACCAAAAUUGCCGCAGGAUUGGGCAGCUAGGACGCGACAGAAUCCGGAAAAACUGGCCAACGGGUCACAGCAGCGAAAGGAUGGCAAGCCUCAUGUUGACUCUCAAGAUCCAGCGUAUGUUGUGGUCGAAGAAGAUGUGGAACCCAUGGAUAUUGAUGACUCGCCUCCCAGCAAUGGUAAUGGUGUACAUCAGCCCUCAACCAACGGAGCAUCUCGAAACCCUACAGCAGAGUCAUCACGGUGGUCUUCAAAGCGAUCAUCAAUGAGUGGCGUUGACCUGAGAGAAUUCACUCAGCAUGCUCCAUUUGCUCCUAGUGCAACAGGGCUAAAAGGAAUGGACGACAUUGCCGCGAGCUUACCUUUUGAGUCGCGCGCCGAAGCAAAGGUCGACCUAGAUCGACAGAAUUCAGCAAAUAGAAAUCGGCUUCUCGAUAUGCCCAGACCGCCGAGGACCAUUGAACCUCCGUCGGAAGAUCGUCUAACAGAAGAAAACUUCAUUCGCUACACGAAAAACAUGUCAGCCUACAUGUUGGAGUGGAACAAGUUCAAUGCCAAAAUGCUCGAGCAUUUUCGACACCGCCAGGACCAGGUUUGUGGUCACAUGUCUACGAAUUGGAUCACGAUGCACAGUGACGGGCCGGAUGCGCACGCGGCUGCAGCACAAAUCGAGUCUUCAUCCGUCGCCGCAGGUUAUGCCACGUACAUGCAAUGGCUGGAAGACGACGCCAAGUGUCGGGCGUGGUGGGAUGAGGCAUAUGACAAGCACAUGGCCUCUCUCCGAGAGUUGGGUAGAAUUAGAGAAAAGGCGAAACGUUCAUUGAGGAAAUGAACCGGGUCGUCUGGGAGUUUAUUGAAGCCUUGGAGUAUGGCAGGAUACGUGGAGGUGCAUUCUACUGGAUUAUUGGUUUUGUGACUUUUGUGUUCAAAGAUGAGAGCGGCAUCCUCUCUUAGAAUACUGUCGUGGUGGUUCGACUUUGCUUUAUGAAUGGUUGAUUGGAUUUUUUUCUCUGGCUCCAGGAUGAGACAUGGGAGAAAAUUGACGACAAAUGAUGCAGAGCCAUGUGUCGUAGAAGGACACUAAAUGAGAAUUGAUA